CGUGUUCGCUCAAGAAGAGUUACAAUAAAACGAUUCGUCUUAAUCGUGUGCGAAUUAAUUGAUUUUUUUCCCAAUUAGCGGUGCGAUAAUGUCAGAUGAGUGUCGGAAUAUCAAAAUAAAACGAAUGACCUGCUUCAAAACUCUUGAAAACUACAGAACUAGUGGGUGACUUCGUCGUUUGCGUGCUGGUUUUUACGUGUGCAGUGAGCUUUUUUAGGUUAAGUUUAUUGCUGUGUAUGUGAUGUCUUUAAGGAGUUCGACUAGCGGUUCGGGCUCUUCUAGAAAUUUCGAAAGUUCCCAGCUGUUGCUAGCAAGGCCAAAGAGCUAUGGCUCUCUGUUGCCUUAUUACGAGUUCAUCAGAGCCACUGUUAGGGCCCAACAAGGACAGACGCUGCAUCGUACAGAUUCCAUGGUAUCAUUGUGCUACAGAUCGCUCACAGGUUUUAUUAACGAUGACAACUUACAAGGACUGCAAUCAUUUCUUGAAAAUAAACAAGUACAAGUUGAUGAUAAAGAUGAGAAUGGGACCACCGCACUUAUGGUGGCAGCAUCAAAGGGUAGAUCUGCCAUGGUUCGCGAACUGCUGAUUCACGGUGCCGAUCCAAAUGCAGAGGAUAACGAUUGUUGGACAGCCCUGUUGUGUGCUUCCAAAGAAGGACAUAUAGAUAUAGUGUUGCAGUUGUUGGAACAUAACGCAACCAUCGAUCACAGAGAUAUUGGCGGUUGGACUUCAUUAAUGUGGGCGACAUACAAGGGCCGCGUAGAUGUCGCCCUGCUCAUGAUCGAGAGGGGAGCCGACGUUAAUGCUCAGGGGAUUCGUUUACAGGACCGCUCCGGCGACACCAACCUAAUACAUGCUAUAAAAGGAGGUCACAGAGGAACGGUGGAAGCUCUACUGAAAAAAUAUGCAGACGUCGAUAUUCUUGGAAAAGAUAGGAAAACUGCAACGUACGUUGCCGUUGAAAAGGGCAACGCCGGGAUCGUGAAACUGCUUCUAACGUGCAACCCUGACCUGGAAUUAGCGACGAAAGAUGGAGACACUGCCAUCCUUAAAGCUGUCAGGUCCAGGAAUGCAGAAAUAGUACAAUUGCUGUUGGACAAGAAGGCGAAGGUGUCGGCUGCUGAUAAAAAAGGAGAUACAGCUCUGCAUAUUGCGAUGAGGGCCAGAUCUAAAGCAAUAGUAGAAAUAUUAUUAAGGAACCCGAAAAAUAGCCAGUUACUGUAUCGACCAAACAGGGCUGGUGAAACGCCGUACAAUAUCGAUAUGACCCACCAGAAAACCAUCUUGGGACAGAUAUUUGGAGCAAGGAGGUUGAACACUAACGAAGAUAAUGAAAACAUGUUAGGCUACGACUUGUACAGCAGCGCCCUUGCUGAUAUUUUAAGUGAACCUUCCUUAUCCAUGCCCAUCACCGUUGGUUUAUAUGCAAAAUGGGGCAGUGGUAAAUCCUUUCUACUGAACAAACUCAGAGAGGAAAUGAAGAACUUUGCCCGCGAGUGGGUUGAUCCAGUCUUCCAGUUCACAAUCAUGCUUUUCAUCAUCCUUGUGCAUAUUGCCCUCGUCAUCGGAACUAUCAUAGGGCUCUCGCUGCGGUCCUGGAUAGUAGCGGCAUGCGUAGUUGUCGCAUUUGUAUUACUAGGUUACCUGUUCAUAGCUUUAAUUUGGUACGCCAGCAGAAGAUACGACUGGGACUGGGCGUACAAUUUCAACUUGACUCUCACGAAAAAGAUGGACAACUUGAAGCUCGUCCUGCAAAUUUUGUUUUGCCAUCCUCCCGGCGCUUCGCAUGAUGGACUUGCUGUACAACCAAUCAGGUUUUUCUUCACCGAUCAAACUAGAGUAAGUAGCACUGCUGGAGGAGAAAAUUCAGUAGUUCAAAUGAUAGGAUCUCUGUACGAUGCCAUAGAAAACCGUUACGGAUCUCUUGCCACGCGAUUGUAUAGAGCUUUUAAACCAAAACCAGUGAAAACUUCGUCAACGUGGACUUGGAGGAAAGUUUGUUGUUUACCUUACGUAAUAUUCUUUGAGAUUAUUUUUUUGAUGAUAAUAAUCGGAACGUGUGCCUUGACCAUUUACCUUAUCCACGCCAAUUCCCAAAAAAUUGACGUACAAGAAACUUAUGUUGGCGUUACCCUGAAGAUAAUCCUGAUCGUUAUUGCUUUACUGUUGGGAGUGGCCACAAUAGCGAACAUGUAUACUUGGAGCAAACUUUUAAGAGCCGUAUUCUUCUCUCAGCGAAGGCAUUUGCAAAGGUCCAUAUCCAAGCUGGAGACGCUCAAGUCCGAAGGGUUUUUGCAAACUCUGCGCGAAGAAGUGAACCUCAUGAAAGAAAUGGUCAAAUGCCUGGAUAGUUUGUGUUCACAGCAAACGAGGCUCGUCAUCGUAGUCGAUGGUCUGGAUAGUUGUGAACAGGACAAGGUGCUGUUGGUGUUAGACACUGUACAUAUGCUAUUUUCCGAUGCAAACACCCCUUUCAUUGUGAUAUUAGCGAUAGAUCCUCAUGUUAUUGCCAAGUCAUCGAGCAGGAGACUGUCUAACGAAAAAGCUCUGAUGUCGAGCCAGGAGAACCUCGGCAAAUUUCCCGGGAGGAAAGGAUCUCGUAAGCUCAAGUUGUCCGAGUCGGUGGCAAGCUCAAUAGGGUCGAAUUUAAAUCGAAUUGGUGGAGCUCAGGACCUCACCAAGAUGUUGCUCACUGACGACUAUUUCAGCGACGUCAAUCCUCGCUCAAUGAGAAGACUGAUGAAUGUUGUUUAUAUUACAGGAAGAUUACUGAAAGCAUUCCAAAUCGAUUUCAAUUGGUAUCGUUUAGCUUCUUGGAUAAAUAUUACGGAACAAUGGCCUUUUCGAACAUCAUGGAUACUCUACCAUUACGAUAUGUACGAAGAUUCACUCGAUGACAACGUUUCCCUAAAGUCUAUAUAUGAUAAAAUCAGGCCUCAUAUCCCUAUGAUGAAAGACACUGAGCCACUUCUUGAGUUGGAUAGGGACGAGAAGAAGUUCGAUAUCUUUCUAUCGUUUCACCGUUCGAGCUUACUAGUCAGCGAUCUUAAAAUAUUCCUACCGUUCACAAUCAAUUUGGAUCCGUAUUUGAAGAAAAUAAUAAAAGAAGAAACGCAAGGUUUAGAAGAAGACGAGGGAGUUAUGAUGGGUGGUCCCUCAAGGAACUCGCAAGCAGCGGGUAAUUCAGUCACUUGGAACACUCCCAGACCAGCUUUAAUGGGGCGAAUGCGGGCCACCCCGAAAUCGGUUCCUGUCGGUCAACCACAGCAGGCGGUAGUGUAUCCGCAGAUGUCGGGAAUGCCAGGGUGGCAACCCUGGACUGACCAGAUGUCUUUCCAGUCACCAUUUGCUUUAGCUCCGGUAACUGUUUUAGAGCCUGAAAUACUGGAGACGAGACUUUCAACUUUGAAUGUAGAUGGCGUUUGCAAACUCCUGUCAAAUAUGGAAGAUUUGAAUCCCCAAGCUUUGGCUGAGUAUACAAAAAUGAUAAGAGAGCAGAACAUCAACGGCAGGGUACUGCUACACUGUGAUUUGGAAGAACUGAAAAAAUUGCUGAAAAUGUCUUUUGGUGAUUGGGAGAUGUUCAAAGUCUUGUUGAUAACGCUCAGAGAACACGAAAUCACUAGCAUCUUGCAACAGGAUGAAGUUAAACCUGUUAGGGCCGCCAAGCAAGUGGAAAAAAGAAUCCCUUUUCCAGAUAGCGUGAGUAAGGGCAGUGGAACAAUUGAAAAAGAUAUGGGAAAAAUGCAAGUUGACGGAGUUCAGAGAAAACACAGUAAUAUUGAAAAACAAGUGACACUGGAAGAACAAAUGAUAUGCGGUGCCCUGCAAACCCUCAACGAAGAAGCUUGCGAGGACGUUCUUGAAGAAACGGAGGAAACUAAGAUAACGAUAGAGCCUGAUGUCCCCCAAACGUCAGUCAUUCCUCCCAGUCCCGACGCAUCUCAAGGUGAAUCUCACAAUGCACUUACACAAUCACUAGCGAGUAAUUUUCACUUUACCGAGAAAAGCAAUAAAAGAGUCAAGUACGUAGACACCAUCGUGCAAGUCGAGUAUCACAAACCGGUCGUACAGUUUCCGAAACCCAGCAGUUCGGGUCUUGACGAUAAGGAUUUUCUACGAGGCUAUCGCUCUCGCACCAACAGCUCUAGCGGGAUAGGUGAGACAGAUUUUGUUUUGUUGCAAUCCUCGCCUAUAGGUCACAUGCACUGGCAGCCUGUCAGUAUAGGCGUCGCUGGCAAUUCUGAAAGCCUGAGCGAUCAGAGCUCCAGGUGCAGUUCGCAACCCCCCUCUCCAAUUGUAGAAAGGAAGCUCUCUGUCGGUAGCAAACAUUCCAAUCUGAAGUCGGGGGAAUCUUCUAGCAAGGGCAGGCACGUCGUCAUAAAAACCGACUAUUCGGACACCCAUCCCCGAAUAAGCAUCAGCACCACCUCAUCCUCAGUAGCGUACGAGAACCAGCUCUCGAACAAAACCCCCCUACUCAGCGAGUACAGGCACACAGCAUCACAGACAAGAACCAGGCCCAGCUCUCUGAAUCUGGUUAAAAGCGACAGCAAACCGCUAAAGUCUUCACUGAGGAACAGGUCCAAGUCCAUCGAUAACAGCCAGAAGCUCGAGAAGAAGGAAAAAAAGGGCUUCGAGAAGCUGCACAAGCUGAAAGAGAAACUGUUGCAUUCCAGUCCGGACUUGAACGAGACAAGUGACAAUGAGAGCACGCCUUUGGUGUCAGAAAUGUCAACGCCUUCCAAGUCUGGUCAGAGCUCCGAGAUUAAAACCCCCAGCUCUAAGAGCCUUCCACUAUCUCCAGCAUCUCAGAAGAGCCUGUCUCCUGAUAAACAUACGACCAAAUUCACUCGCAGCGAACUCAACCUCACUGAUACCACCGAGGUGAGUCCCACAAUGUUACUGUCGGACAGCGUCUUCAUCGAAGAUAAUAAUGGUACUGAGCACCAAGGGGAGAGGCAGAGAACCAUGUCGGAUGAUAUCAGUAACUCCAUUCUGGGGUAUGCCAGUUCCAUCGGUCGUAGCAAUAGUAAUUUUAGCUUGCAUAGUUGUUCACAGAGUUCAGGACGGUUGUCCAGGCAGAACGCUUUGGAUUCGGAGGAGAAUCUUACAGAUGUAUAUUGUGAUCCUAGCGGUAAGCAGGAAUAGGUUCGGGUUUGUACUUAAGUACCAGGAAUUUGUGCAGUAUUUUUAGAUAAGGUGACAGGAUGUUUCUGUUAUUGUGAAUAUACAUUAUAUAUUUUAAAUGUCGAAUAAAUCACUGGUUUCGUAUAUUUCA